AUGAAGCCACCGCCGUCCUCUUCCACCUCCAGCGCCAUCCCCCUGCGCAAAAUCCCGCCUUUUCUCUUCGCCUUAUUAGCCUUCAUCCUCUUUGUCACCAUCCUUUACGGCGAAGAUUUCAGCUGCAUCUUUGGCCAGUUCGAUUCUGAUCACCAUAGCCACCUACACACCAUUUCAACCAAGAAGAACAGUGAAAAGUUGGCUUUCGCCAUUGGAGAGACUGAGAGGGGCUGCGAUGUUUUCAAUGGGAGGUGGGUACGAGACGAGGAGGCUCGGCCGCUUUACGAGGAGUGGGAGUGUCCGUACAUUCAACCGCAGUUGACAUGUCUAGAACAUGGCCGGCCGGAAAAGGAGCAUCAGCACUGGAGAUGGCAACCUCAUGGUUGUUCACUUCCAAGUUUCAAUGCCACAUUGAUGCUUGAAAGCCUUCGAGGAAAGAAAAUGUUGUUCGUCGGAGAUUCAUUAAAUCGGGGUCAGUACGUUUCAAUGAUAUGUCUUUUACAUAGAGUCAUCCCUGAAGAUGCCAAAUUCAUGAAAACUUUGGGUCCUCUAACUGUUUUCACGGCCAAGGAUUACAAUGCUACAAUAGAAUUCUACUGGGCACCAUUUCUUCUGGAAUCAAACUCAGAUGAUGCAGUCAUUCACAGAGUAACUGAGAGACUUGUUCGCAAAGGGUCGAUAAAUAAGCAUGGAAAAAACUGGAAAGGAGCAGAUAUAAUUGUGUUCAACACUUAUCUAUGGUGGAUGACUGGCCUAAGAUUCAAGAUUCUGCAAGGAUCUUUUGAUGAUGAAGAGAAGGAUAUCGUGACACUCCCAACGGAUGAUGCUUAUCGUAUGGCCAUGAAAAGCAUGUUGAGAUGGGUGAAGAAGAAUAUGGAUCCCAAUAAAACAAGAGUAUUUUUUACCAGCAUGUCGCCUUCACAUGAAAAGAGCAUUGAAUGGGGAGGAGAUCCAAAAGGCAACUGCUACAAUGAAACAACCUUGAUAGAAGAUCAUGAAUACUGGGGAUCAGACAGUCGAAAAAGUAUAAUGGGAGUGAUUGGUGAAGUAUUCAGCAAAUCGAGGGUUCCAAUUACGUUUCUCAACAUCACGCAACUCUCAAGUUACAGAAAAGAUGCACAUACAUCUAUUUACAAGAAACAAUGGAGCCGGUUAACCCCAGAACAGUUAGCAAACCCCGUGAGCUAUGCCGAUUGUGUGCACUGGUGUUUACCUGGGCUUCAAGAUACUUGGAAUGAGCUUUUAUUUGCCAAGCUUUUCUACCCUUGA